AUGAAGAUGGAAGCUAAGUUUUGUGAAACAGAAAGUACUCGGUUGGAGGAAGGGCAGCGGACCUGGGACCCGGCGUGUGCCAAAGAUGCCCUCUCACGCAGCAGUGAAGAUACAGUGCUGAUCCAUUCUCUUUGCAGAGGUGUGGAGACAGCUGCUUCUCCUCCAGUCCAGUCUCCAGUUUCUUUUGAGGAGGUAUCAGUGCAUAUCACUGAGGUAGAGUGGGCCCUGCUGGAUCCGGACCAAAGAGCUCUCUACAAGGAAGUCAUGCUGGAGAACUACAGGAGUGUGGCCUCUCUGGGUAAGGUGCCAAAGGAGAGAAAAUUCCAAGACCACGGUUACACAGCCCGGAGCCAUCUAAACAGGCAUCUAAAAACACACACAGUAGAGAAACCUUUUGAAUGUUCAGAGUGUGGAAAGAGAUUUACUAGCAGUGGCAAUCUUCAAAUACAUCUAAGAACCCACACAGGAGAGAAACCUUUUGAAUGUUCAGAGUGUGGAAAGAGAUUUACUAGCAGUGGCAAUCUUCAAAUGCAUCAAAGAACCCACACAGGAGAGAAACCUUUUGAAUGCUCAGAGUGUGGAAAGAGAUUCAGUCUAAGUGACACUCUUCAAAGGCAUCAAAGAACCCACACAGGAGAGAAACCUUUUAAAUGCUCAGAGUGUGGAAAGAGAUUCAGUGCGAGUGGCAGUCUUCAAAGGCAUCUAAGAACCCACACAGGGGAGAAACCUUUUGAAUGCUCAGAGUGUGGAAAGAGAUUCAGUUUCAGUGACCAACUUCAAAGACAUUUCAGAAUCCACACAGGGGAGAAACCUUUUGAAUGCUCAGAGUGUGGAAAGAGGUUCAGUCAGAGUAGCCAUCUUCAUAUACAUCAAACAACCCACAAAGAGGAGAAACCUUUUGAAUGCUCAGAGUGUAGAAAGCAAUUCAGUCGCAGAGGCAACCUUCACGAGCAUCAAAAAACCCACACAGGGGAGAAACCUUUUGAAUGCUCGGAGUGUGGAAAGAGAUUCAGUCACAGUGGCGCUCUUCUACAGCAUGAAAGAACCCACACUGGGGAGAAACCUUUCGAAUGCUCGGCGUGUGGAAAGAGAUUCAGAUACACUGUCACUCUUCAACAGCAUCAAAGAAACCACACAGAGGAGAAACCUUUUGAAUGCUCGGAGUGCGGAAGGAGAUUCAAUCGCACUUUCGAUCUUCAAGAGCAUCAAAGAACCCACACUGGGGAGAAACCUUUUGAAUGCUCGGAGUGUGGGAAGAGAUUCAGUCUGAGUGGCAGUCUUCGAAUGCAUUUCAAAACCCACACAGGGGAGAAACCUUUUGAAUGCUCGGAGUGUGGAAAGAGAUUCAAUCGCACAUUCGAUCUUCAAGAGCAUCAAAGAACCCACACUGGGGAGAAACCUUUUGAAUGCUCCGAGUGUAGGAAGAGAUUCAGUCUGCGUGGCAGUCUUCGACUGCAUUUCAAAACCCACACUGGGGAGAAACCAUUUGAAUGCUCAGUGUGUGGAAAGAAAUUCAGUUUCAGUAGCAAACUUCAAAGCCAUGUCAGAACCCAUUCAGGGGAAAAACCUUUUGAAUGCUCCGAGUGUGGAAAGAGAUUCAAUAGCAGUGGCACUCUUCAAGAGCAUCAAAGAACCCACACAGGGGAGAAACCAUUUGAAUGCUCAGAGUGUGGAAGGAGAUUCAAUCACAGUAGCAACCUUCAAAGGCAUCUAAGAACACACACAGGAGAGAAACGUUUUGAAUGCUCAGAGUGUGGAAAGAGAUUCAGUCAGAGUGGCAAUCUUGAAAAUCAUCAAAGAACCCACACAGGGGAGAAACCGUUUGAAUGCUCAGAGUGUGGAAAGAGGUUCAGUCAGAGUAGCCACCUUCAAAGGCAUCUAACAACACACAGGACAGAAAAGUUUUGA